UUAGGAAUACGCAAAAUGAUAUACAAUGUACAUCAACAACAAGACUGACAUAACGCUCUAACUUUGUUCAUUUGUAGAAGACUCUUGUCAAUGAAGUCUCUGCUUAUCAUACUGUUUCUCGUCGUUGCUACCUUUGCCUGGGACGUCGAUAAAUCAAGUCCAGACUGCACCGGAAUAGUGGUUCCAGGCGUCCUUAACACCAAAACUGGAGUAUAUGUGGGAAAUCAAAAUUCGGCGUGCAUCGCCAAGCACUGUAAAUGCCGCGUAAUUGCGUCUGGAUCAACUUUUCCUCCCAAGCUGCAAACAUUACAUUGCACAGACCAGGCCGGUUGCCAAUAUGACAACGUUCAUCCAAUGCGCAGAUUAGCCUCCCCGGGUUGUCAAGCUGCCGUACUGAAAGAUAGUGAUUGUCUGUAAUGUAUAGUAGCCAAUUUGCCUUUUACAUCACUAUAAUCCGAUAUUCUAUCGCUAUCUGUUCUCCCAGAUACAAUUACCCUUAUAAAUGCUUAGAGUUGAACGAAUUUUUCUUCCAGUUGGCAUCCCGUGUCCGAGCAUUUCAGUGAUACCUGCCAAAUCUUUGAUAUUCGUUCACCUGAUCGUCCUGUUGUCGUAAUACUAAUAUCGUAGACUUCUACUCUGGGUUGCCCAGACUGUGAGAUAGUUUCAGCUGCAGAAGUAAUCUGAGUUACGUGUGCUUGUUU